UUUACCAAUGAAUGGCAAAUAGUCGCAUACCCACCACCUCAGCAAAUCUCCUCUCCACAUGGGAAAAACUGUCAUCGUCCUUAUUACAACACUCGCUUCUCUUCCUUAAAAGGAGAGAGAAGAGAACCUGAGAUUCAGACACACGCACGAACCCCCGAUUCACCACCCUUUAUCUCCCUCCUCUUCCUCCCUCUCUUUCUCUCUCCUCAAAAUGGGUUUCCAGGGAAACGAUUCAUCAGACAACAAACCUUUCAAGUUCUUAAUCUAUGGCCGAACCGGCUGGAUCGGUGGUCUACUUGGCAAGCUUUGCGAUUCCCAAGGCAUCACCUACACCUACGGUUCAGGCCGCUUGGAAAACCGCAGUUCCUUGGAGGCGGAUAUCGCGGCGGUGAAACCCACCCAUGUUUUUAACGCCGCCGGAGUCACCGGCCGUCCUAACGUUGAUUGGUGCGAGUCCCACAAAGUUGAGACAAUUCGUGCCAACGUUGUUGGGACUUUGACUUUGGCUGAUGUUUGUCGUCAAAACGGCCUCGUCUUGAUCAAUUAUGCAACUGGUUGUAUUUUUGAGUAUGAUGAUAAGCAUCCCAUUGAUUCUGGGGUUGGAUUCAAGGAAGAGGAUACUCCUAAUUUUAUCGGGUCUUAUUACUCCAAGACCAAAGCUAUGGUUGAGGAUUUACUUAGCAACUAUGAGAACGUUUGCACAUUGAGGGUGCGUAUGCCAAUCUCCUCUGAUUUAUCCAAUCCUCGCAACUUCAUCACCAAGAUCGCUCGUUAUGAGAAGGUGGUCAACAUACCAAACUCAAUGACAGUCUUGGAUGAACUUCUUCCCAUUUCCAUCGAGAUGGCGAAGAGGAACCUUACAGGAAUCUACAACUUCACAAACCCUGGUGUGGUUAGCCACAACGAGAUCUUAGAGAUGUACAGGGAUUACAUUGACCCUAAAUUUACAUGGAAAAAUUUCACCCUUGAGGAACAGGCUAAGGUGAUCAUUGCUCCAAGAAGCAACAACGAGCUUGAGACUACCAAGAUGAAGCAAGAAUUUCCGGAACUUCUAUCCAUCAAGGAGUCUCUUAUAAAGUACGUGUUUGAGCCCAACAAGAAGACUUCUGAAACUACAGCUUGAUUGAUGAUAGUCUAGGUCAGAACUUCUACUUCCAACUCUGUCAUAUACUCUGUACUUUGUAUUGCUUUAUUUGAACUGAGUUGAAGGGGGUUUGCAUACUUUUUCAUCAAUUUAGAACUAUUGUUCUUGAUAAUUACGAUUGAUUGUUGCCAUUAUGUUCUAUGUCUAUUUGUUUCUUCUUCUCAAGCACAAAAGGAAAAGGAGUGGUGUUUUGUAUUUGUAACAAUUGGAUUAUGAAUAAAGUAGUUGAGGUUGAGAUUUA